AUGUUUCCCUUCGACGUGAGCGCCAUCCCUACGCUGCCCACCCGCAAGGGUCUGCUGGUAGUUGACUUCCAAAACGACUUCUUGUCUGCCGACGGCGUUCUUCCCGUAGUCGACCACGACCAACUAGUUGAUCGGACUGUUGAGUUGGUCAGGGCCUUUCGCAAGGUUGGUGACGUUAUUUGGGUGUGCACAGAGUUCGACAAGUUCCGCCCUGCUGCCGCCGAGUCUAUCUGGGCCACCGAUGCCUUACCGAAGCCCAAGGCCCUAGAGUCCCGUGCGAGAAGGAGACCUCAAGCCGCCCCCAAGGCCCCGGAGCCCGAAGAAGCCUCGGAUGCGGAUCCCGAGGCCUUCCUCAGCGAGCCCGGCCCGGAGAUCGUUCGCUCCGCAACACCCGGCGCUGCUUUUCCGGACGCCAUCAAGGAAGCCAUGGGCAAGAGGGACGUCACCUUCAUCAAGUCGCAUUACUCGGCCUUCACCUCGGGCCAGUUACUGCAAACCUUGCGCGUCAAGUUCGUGCAUGAGCUCUACAUCUGUGGCUCCCUUGCGAACAUAGGCGUUUAUGCCACGGCCAUGGACGCUGCCAAAUUCGGGUAUUCCAUCACUGUAAUCGAGGACUGCUGUGGUUUUUGCUCUGAUCUGCGUCAGACCAGCGCCAUACGAAGUCUUGUCGACGUGACUGGCUGCGAGGUUGAGGACAGUGAGGCGGUCAUUGAAAAGCUGCAGCCCAAGACCACCCGGAAGCCCACCUUACCGUCACCUGUCGUACCCAAAAGGGUCGCAGAGGCUAGCGAUGGAAUACUGCUCCCGGCGCCCGAUGCAUACAAGGUGAAAAUCGCGGUCGAGUUGGCCAAACUCUCACUCAACAGUUCAGCAAGUAGGCAUUCGAGCUCGCGGUCCAGCCAUGCCAUGGGUGAUUCUGAUUCUGCGAACGUCUCCGACCCAUUAGAGGUUGAUCCGGCCGUACAGCCACCCAAAGCAACUGCGAGUGACUCAACCGACAAAGAAGCUUCGAGCAAACCGUCGAGCACGGAGGCCCCAAGGCCUAGCUCGGCUACAGGAACAGAGCAGGAUGCGUUAAAUGAACCCCGUAUUUUCAAGGCAGCCGUUGAUGAGAGAGCGUCGUCUGCAUCUGACCUUGAACUCGAGCCCGACUCGACGCCUGUUGUCGUCAAGACAGAGACCAAGCCCGAGUCGAAGACAGAACCGAAGCCGGGAUCCAAGGCAGAGUCAGAGACAGGACUGGAGCCCAUGUUGAAGUCAAUGAAGCUAGACUCGGAGCCUGUACAGGCGGAAAAGCAGGCAACCAUGGAUGACCGAGCCGGUGCAAAGGAAACCUCCCCACAGAUCACCGAGCCUCUCUGCGAGGGCGACACGACCGUCAUCUACAACAUUCUACCAGCCCCCUUGGCCGAGGGCGUGUUCGAGAAGGUGAGAGACGAGGUUCUCUGGCAGAGGAUGUCACACCAGGGGGGCGAGGUCCCCCGGCUGGUGGCCGUCCAAGGUGAGGUGGCAGCCGAUGGAAGCGCGCCGGUCUACCGGCACCCAUCCGACGAGUCGCCGCCUCUUCUUCCUUUCUCGCCGACGGUCCAAAAGAUCAAGGCCGAGGUCGAGAAGCAGCUCGGCCACCCGCUGAACCACGCCUUGAUCCAGUUCUACCGCGACGGCACCGACUAUAUCUCCGAGCAUAGCGACAAGACCCUAGAUAUUGUCAAGGGAUCGUACAUUGCCAACGUCAGCCUGGGGGCCGAACGGACCAUGGUGCUCAGGACCAAGAGGCAGGCAAAGGACUCGUCCAGAACCGAAGGCCCGUCGGGAGAGGACUUGAAGCAGCGCAAGACCACUCGCGCCAAGCUGCCGCACAACUCCUUGUGCCGCAUGGGCCUGGUGACCAACAUGCGCUGGCUGCACGCCAUCCGGCAGGACAAGAGAGCGGAACGGGACAAGACCGCUCCGGAACUGGCCUUCGCCGGCGGACGCAUCUCUCUCACAUUCAGGCAGAUUGGCACGUUCUUGGAUCGGGAUAGCACCCUGAUCUGGGGCCAGGGAGCCACCGGAAAGACGAGAGAGGAGGCCCACACCGUCAUCAACGGGCAGAGCCCCGAGGCUGUGGCCAUGCUCCAGGCCUUUGGCACAGAGAACCACUCGACCGAGUUUGACUGGGAAAAAUACUACGGCAAGGGCUUCGACGUGCUCCACAUGAGCAACUCGCCUCGCCUCUGCGCCUCGUCCGAUCCCGUCGUCAACAUGCGCAUAGCCCUGAUGCUGGCCGAGUACGGCAUCACCUACGCCAAGGGUAGCAUGUCGCCCUCGUUCAGCUGGAAAGAGGGCAAACCGAGCGCCAAGGGCACCCCCGCCGUCCCCGAGUCCUUGCCGAUCAGGUUCGUCGACAGCGACGCAGUAAAGUCGACAGUGCAGGGCGAGCUAGCCAUCAUGCUGUAUCUUGAUGCCGUCUACGCCUCAGGCAAGGCUGGCGAGGCAGCCAGAUCCCAGCCCGACACCGCGCGGGUCUAUACCCGCUUCCAGCAAGGCCUCUCUCUUCUCGACAAGUGGCGACGACUGCAGCGUGACGGUGAGGAGACGAAGAAAAAGCGCGACCUUGGGCCCCUGCAGCGGGAGCUGGCCAUCUGGGAGGGGUACGCGGGUGAGGCGGACCUCAUUGCUGGGCCGAGCAUCUCAUUGGCCGACUUUGCCGUCUGGCCGGUGCUGCACGCCAUCGUCGAGGAAUCUGGCGCCGAAGCGCUGGACGCGAACAAGAAGCUCAAGGCGUACUACGAGAAGGUCAAGGCCAAGGAGUCCGUUGUCAAGGUGCUUGGCGCGAACCCGCCCGACGGCGCGGAUGCCAAGCAGAGCUAG